GGAGUGCGAGGAGGAGGAUCCAAGAUGGCGGCGUCCAUGUAACGCCGGCAAGCGGCGGCCCUUGACCUUUUUCCUCCCCGCCGCUCUUUGUGCUCUAAGGUCUCUGCUGGGUGAUUGGGCCCGGCGGCUGAGCCCGGAGGGAGCAGCAUCAUGCUGGGCCUCAGCCUCCGAGAAGUUUCUGCUGCACUGAAACAAGGCCAAGUCAGUCCAGUGGAGCUUUGUCAAAAAUGUCUCUCCCUCAUCAGGAAAACCAGAUUUCUUAAUGCUUACAUUACCGUAGCAGAAGAGAAAGCCUUAAAGCAGGCUGAAGAUUCAGAAAAGAGGUAUGAGAAAGGGGAGGCCCUUGGAAUCUUAGAUGGAGUUCCCAUUGCGGUAAAAGACAACUUUAGCACCGCUGGCAUUGAAACAACAUGUGCGUCCAAUAUGCUAAAAGGUUACAUACCUCCUUAUAAUGCUACAGUAGUUCAGAAGUUAUUGGAUCAGGGGGCUGUUCUUCUAGGAAAAACAAAUUUAGAUGAGUUUGCUAUGGGAUCCGGAAGCACAGAUGGGAUAUUUGGGCCAGUUAGAAACCCCUGGAGUUAUUCAAAGCAACACAGAGAAAAGAGAAAGCAGAACCACCACCGAGCGGAUGAAGAUUCAAAUUGGUUAAUAACCGGGGGCAGCUCUGGGGGCAGUGCCGCUGCUGUAUCUGCAUUCACAUGCUUUGCGGCUUUGGGAUCAGACACUGGAGGUUCAACAAGAAACCCAGCUGCUCUGUGUGGGCUUGUUGGUUUAAAGCCGACCUAUGGAUUAGUUUCCCGACAUGGUCUCAUUCCACUGGUGAAUUCGAUGGAUGUUCCAGGAAUCUUAACCAGAUGUGUGGAUGAUGCAGCAAUUGUGUUGGGUGUACUGGCUGGGCAUGAUCCAAAAGAUUCUACCACAAUACAAGACCCUGUUGGACCAUUUAUACUUCCCAUUUUGAGAGAUGUCAGCAAGUUAUGUAUAGGAAUACCAAAGGAAUAUAAUGCACCAGGAUUGUCAAGUGAAAUGCAAGCCCUCUGGUCUAAAGCUGCUGACCUUUUUGCGUCUGAGGGGGCCAAAGUAGUGGAAGUGUCCCUACCCCAUACCAGUUACUCAAUUGUUUGCUAUCAUGUUUUAUGCACAGCAGAAGUAGCAUCAAACAUGGCAAGAUUUGAUGGGCUAGAAUAUGGCCACCGGUGUAACGUGAAUGUGUCUACUGAGGCCAUGUAUGCUGCAACGAGACGAGAAGGAUUCAAUGAUGUGGUGAGAGGAAGAAUUCUCUCGGGAAAUUUUUUCUUAUUAAAAGAGAACUAUGAUGAGUACUUUGUGAAGGCACAGAAAGUGAGACGACUCAUUGCUAAUGACUUUGCAAAGGUCUUUAAUUCUGGUGUGGAUAUCUUACUUACUCCCACCACCCUUAGUGAUGCAGUGCCAUACUUGGAGUUCAUCAAAGAAGACAACAGAACCCGCAGUGCCCAGGAUGAUAUUUUUACCCAGAGUGUAAACAUGGCAGGUUUGCCAGCUGUAAAUGUACCCAUGGCCCUCUCCUGUCAAGGUUUGCCAAUUGGGCUGCAGCUGAUCGGACAUGCAUUUAGUGACCAACAACUUCUCACUGUUGCCAAGUGGUUUGAGGAACAGGUACAGUUUCCUGUCAUUCAGCUUCAAGAAUUAAUGGACAGUUGUCAAACUUUCUCUCAACAUGAGAAGUUGGCUUCAGUUUCAUUAAAACGGUAAUGAUGAAGACUUGUACAAAUUCAAAAUGACUUUGGAGGUAUUUAUACUCAAAAUAAUUAAGCAUGGAGACUUUUAAGAAGCCACGUGAUCUUACGUGAUUGUAAUUGGAUUUAUUUUCAACAUAAUAAUUCUGGUUAUUAUGGCCUUACAAAUUGUAAAUAAAAACUUUUCAACUAGUUAACAUAUUGAGUACACUCUAUAUUCUGAGCACUCUGCAGUGAAGAGAGAUAGGGAAUAAAAGGAGGCAGUCGACAUGGGUUUGAGUAAGUUGUUCUGCUCCUGGGAGACAGAGAGCAAACCAGAAUACAAGCACAGAAAAAAUGAGGCCCCUGGAGCAGGCACAGUUAUUGUCUAGGGUGUCCAGUCUUUCCUCUGCUUGUUGUUCCCAAGACCUAGAGCAUCCUUACUACCAUGCUUGUCUGUAGCUGUGAGAGAAUGCACCUUAUGUGGGUGAAGCAUGGUAAACAUAAAGCAUCACACUGAUUCUAUCCCUUAAGUUGCAUAGAACACAUCUUGUCCAUGUUGACUCCUCAUAUGCUGCAGUAGUGUCUCAUCUAAGAGAUUAAAUUUUGCCAGUUUUGCAACAAGAGGAAAACAUCAGAGAACCAGUUUGAUGGAACCAACCUCCCUGUGAUCUGUUUGUAUUUUUAUCAUUUGAAAUAAAGGGUAAUCACUUUUCAAAGAACAUCAA